UCUUUUGUGUCCAGGAGAAGGCUGAGUAUGGAUGCACUGUUUACAUGUUGUUGUUUCUUCUGGAUAAUUAUUAUGCCACCGACCCCAACCUCUGCGUCAACAUGUGGGAUAUCAAAUUUCAGUGAACAUUUGAUUAAAAAGCAAGGAGACAUUGCUAAUAUCACAUAUGCUGUGAAUGGCACGGAAAUCUCUACAUUUUCAGAGAAAGUCACCAUUGUGUACGAUGUAUGUAAAAGUAACACACUGAGUGUCCAAUGCACAUUUAAAUGGAGAGAGCAACUUAAUCAGCUGGUUGUGAAGAAAUGGAGUUCAGAAGACGAUGCAUUCUGUUCAGCUGAACGUCGUAACUUUACCUCCGUGGUCACCUGGGAGAUAACGAUUUCGCAGAUGGUCAGUCGGUCACUGAGUGUAAUGCAUCUCUACUUGCAAAACUACACUGGCGACGAACGAAGAAUCCAGAUAAUGCGUCUUAUACGCGUUCAAUUAUUGCAUCCACCCAAAGUCACGAGUCUAAAUAUAGACGGACAGGAGGUCAACGAAACACAUCUCAUUAACGAAGGUCAGCAGGUCACCAUCUCCUGCUCCUUUGACACAGGAAACCCACCUGUCACCUUUCGUCUGGUGGACAGAACUGGCAAAGAACUUACUACUGACAAAGAGAAUCUUAGCACUUUACUUUCAGUAAAAUGCGAAGAUACCUGGCCAUUAGUUCGUUGUGAAGGAGACCGGUCAGAACAGAACAGAUCAGUGUUACUUCUUGUCAGGUGUCCUCCUCUGUUUGUUAGCACGCUUCCGAAAAUCGUCAAAAAUGAAAUGUAUGAAACCUGGAUUUUUAACAUCAAGGCUCAUACAAAAACAAUCAACAGAUGUUUUCUAACCACAACCGAAUCAGGAGAAAAGCCUGUUACUGAGGUAGACUGCUUUUUAAGCGGGAAUCCUCCGUAUUUUGUAUUGACUGUCGUCCUGAGCAACAACGACAGGCUUGAAAAUGGAUACUGGACGUUAACUCUCCGAAACGAUGUGGGGUCUGCAAACACAACAUCAAACCAGACGCUGCUCCUCUGUCGACCGCAGCCCGUCAGCCAUCAGUGGUGGCCACCCGCCGUCCGACGUCGAUCCGAGGAGAGUCCGACGAUCACACGGUCUGCUCACAGGGCCGCAAAAUGACGAUGAGGGCGACGAUGAUGACGAUCCUUUUAAAGAUAACUGAAGAAAUGUUCGAAGGAAACAUUUUAAGGAAGAAACGCACAAAUAAGCGACGAAUGGAGAAAUGUUUGAUUGACAAAACGACGAAGAAACGGUAAAAAAAAACGAUACAGCCUGCACUAAGGACAAAAAACAAAAAACAAAAAACAAUACAUUCCUUCUGUAACUCACAGAAGACUCAGUUCAAGGGACAGAAACAAACAAAUAAUAUUGCUCACAAGACACUCUGCACCGUUAUUUUAUUUUUUGUUUGUUUUCUUUUGUUUUUCUCGUCUGAUGCCCAGCCGAAAAUCUCCACCGUAAAACGUGGUGAUGCAGAAUCCCU